AGGGCCGGGCUAGUGAUAUCAUUUGGGUGGACUUUUUGUGGUAAUCGACAGAAGAGUAACAACAACAUAGACAUAUACGUCAUCUGGAGUCACCAUGGAGUCGGUUUUGUGGACAGUCCAGUUGUGUGCAGAGGUAUUUUUUCCUCUGUUUUGGCUGAAACACGCCCCAUAAUGAAGUUACUCACUGAGAACUGAGUCUGCCUACAUCAGGCUACGUUAAAUGGAUAAAUAAUCUUGGCAUGUCUGAAUGAAAGCAAUGUUACUAGUGUCUUAGUGUCUCUAUAAGAGUGAUAUAUGCUGCAGGUCUAAAAUGGACCAACAUCUCACCACAACCAGGAUAUUUUUCCCCUCCAGAAACAUCACAAAGUGUAUAUCACAUUUUCCCAACUUAAGACUUACUUCACAUUCCACUGUGCUGACUCAUUGUUGGGAAUCACGUGCGUGUGGUGUUUUAUUCUUCCGCACUUUGUUUGGAGACUGCUGAUAAAUUACCCAUCACUCUGGAGUGUUCGACUGCCCCCAUUUAGGCGUGUUUCACACCUCGCCGAGGUCAGAUACAAUCUACUGAGAGUUUGUGAAAAAAAGAGUGAGACUUGGCUCUACGUGAGCGAUACAAUGAGAGCAAACAAUACCUAAAAAAAACCUCUGCUCCUCCUGCACACGGAUGAUUUAAGGGAGAUUGUGUGGCAGCGGUAAGUGAUAGGCUGCUGAGAAAGGGGCAGCAGCCAGCUGGGUGGAAUGUGAACAUGCGCUAGUGUUACACACUAAACCAAGGAGGGAUUUUACCCCAUGUCCCGAACCAUUUAGUAGCUGCCCUUACUUUGCAAUGCUGGAUAAGUCUCUGCUUGGGCAAGGGCAGCUUGUUGUGACUGAUUUUACAUAGACUAAACAAAGAAAAAUGGGGAACUCAGCAAGGAGUUGGAGAAACCCAACAACAAGGAGGGGGAAUUAGUCAUUUUUUCUUAGGAGUAAGCAAAGACUAGUGCUUGUUUCGUGGUCAAAUGAGGAGAGAGAGGAGUGGCAUGGGUGGAUGCUGGUAGGAAGAGCUUCUGCUCCUGUCUCACGAAGGCUGCUUUUCAGACUGCUGCCUAAAAGCGUUUGGACCUCACACCAGAGAAUUUAAUUCAUCCAGAUCUAACGUUUUCAACCAGAGGAUGUCGGGGUUAUGUGGAAUCUAAUGUGGAAGUACUGCAUUUCAGUGCGGACGAUAAGUGUGGAAGGUGAUGCUCCAGGCAGCGAGGUGGGCGCCUCUUUGGACCCCAGCGGCGGCUACAGUUGCGUCCCAGUGACCCACUGUGGCGGGCUUGGGCCCGACCACCUGGACAGCCAGCUCUACGGGCACAUCUUGCUGCCGGGCCACCUGCGACCCCGCCGGCCGAAGCUCCAGCACUCCCAGUCCAUCCUCCGCAAGCAGGCAGAGGAGGAGGCCAUCAAGCGCUCCCGCUCGCUGUCAGAGAGCUAUGAGCUCUCGUCCGACCUACAGGACAAGCAGGUGGAGAUGCUAGAGCGUAAAUAUGGGGGGCGUUUCAUAACCCGGCAUGCUGCCCGCACCAUCCAGACAGCCUUCCGCCAGUACCAAAUGAACAAGAACUUUGAGCGUCUGAGAAGUUCUAUGUCUGAGAAUCGUAUGUCCAGACGGAUUGUCCUGUCCAAUAUGAGAAUGCAGUUUUCCUUCGAAGGACCUGAAAAAGUCCACAGCUCCUACUUCGAGGGAAAGCAGGUCUCGCUAACAGACGAUGGCACCAAAAUCGGUGCGCUGGUACAGUCGGAGCACGGUGGGGAGUUGGGGGUGCAGGCCAAGACCCCCACGACGCAGAGCGACUUCACAGACGCCAUCACGGAACUAGAGGAUGCCUUUUCCAGGCAGGUCAAAUCUCUAGCCGAGUCCAUAGAUGACGCUCUGAACUGCCGCAGCUUACACGGCGAAGACAGUCAGUCAGAGACGGGGAGAGGUCACCAGGACAUGGACAGGGAGGUGAGUUGCCAGGUGAAACCCUCCCACGGCGCCUCGGAGCACCGCAAACUGGACGAGAUGACGGCAUCUUACAGCGACGUCACCCUUUACAUCGACGAAGAGGAGCUGUCGCCGCCUCUGACGCUGUCUCAGUCCGUAGACAGACCCUCCAGCACAGAGUCCAACCUGCGCCAGCGUUCCCUCAACUCCUCCCAGGACUACUGGUCCCUGGUUCACAAGGACGAAAAGGGGGACACGGACACCAGCUGCCGCAGCACGCCUUCCCUAGAAUGCCAAGAGCAGCGCUUGCGAGUCGACCAUCUACCGUUGCUGACCAUAGAGCCUCCCAGCGACAGCUCCGUGGACCUGAGCGAUCGCUCCGACCGCAGCUCUUUGAAGAGGCAGAACGCCUACGACCGCAACCAGCAGAGCAGCCCCAAACACAUCAGCCACGGCCUGCCACCUCGGGGACCUCCCAGGGAAGAGGACGCCCCUCGCCAUCGGCACCGACAGCUGGAGGCGCACCUGGCCAUCAACGGUACGGCGAACCGGCAGAGCAAGUCAGAGUCGGAUUUCUCCGAUGGCGACAACGACAGCAUCAACAGCACAUCCAACUCCAAUGACACCAUCAACUGCAGCUCCGAGUCCUCGUCCAGGGACAGCCUGAGGGAGCAGACGCUCAGCAAGCAGACGUACCACAAAGAGACCCGCAACAGCUGGGACUCGCCUGCCUUCAGCAACGACAUCAUUCGCAAGAGGCACUACCGCAUAGGCCUAAACCUCUUCAACAAGAAACCAGAGAAAGGCAUCCAGUAUCUGAUAGAGCGAAACUUUGUUCCAGACACUCCGGUGGGUGUGGCCCACUUCCUGCUGCAGAGGAAAGGCUUGAGUAGGCAGAUGAUUGGCGAGUUCCUGGGUAACAGACAGAAGCAGUUCAACCGGGAUGUCCUCGACUGUGUGGUGGAUGAGAUGGACUUCUCAGCUAUGGAGCUGGACGAGGCACUCAGGAAAUUUCAGGCGCACAUCAGAGUCCAGGGAGAAGCCCAGAAGGUUGAGCGGCUCAUAGAGGCCUACAGCCAACGCUACUGCAUCUGCAACCCGGGCGUGGUGCGACAGUUCAGGAACCCCGACACCAUCUUCAUCCUGGCUUUUGCCAUCAUCCUCCUCAACACUGACAUGUACAGUCCCAACGUCAAGCCCGAGAGGAAGAUGAAGCUGGAGGACUUUGUCAAGAACCUUCGAGGAGUGGAUGAUGGGGAAGACAUCCCCAGAGAGAUGCUGGUAGGAAUAUAUGAGAGGAUUCGCAAGCGAGAGCUCAAGACAAAUGAAGACCACGUGUCCCAGGUUCAGAAAGUGGAAAAACUGAUUGUUGGCAAAAAGCCGAUCGGCUCUUUACACCACGGCCUAGGCUGUGUGCUGUCCCUACCGCACCGUAGACUGGUCUGUUAUUGUCGACUUUUUGAAGUGCCCGACCCCAACAAACCACAAAAGUUGGGCCUGCACCAAAGAGAGAUCUUCCUCUUCAAUGACCUGCUCGUGGUUACAAAAAUUUUCCAGAAGAAGAAGAACUCUGUGACCUACAGUUUUCGACAGUCCUUCUCGCUAUAUGGCAUGCAAGUGUUGCUCUUCGAGAACCAGUAUUAUCCCAAUGGAGUCCGUCUGACCUCAGCCAUUCCUGGAGCUGACAUCAAAGUCCUCAUCAACUUCAAUGCACCCAAUCCUCAGGACCGCAAAAAGUUCACUGACGAUUUGCGAGAAUCUAUUGCAGAAGUCCAAGAGAUGGAAAAGUACCGGAUAGAAUCUGAGCUGGAAAAACAGAAGGGCGUGGUGAGGCCCAGCAUGUCCCAGAGUUCCAGUUUAAAGAAGGACACAGGAAACGGCAAUCUGAGCCGAGCUAGCCUCGACGACAGCUAUGCCAUCGGUGAAGGCCUGAAGAGAACGGCCCUCAGCAGCUCCCUACGUGACCUCUCAGAUGCAGGCAAGCGUGGGAGACGCAGCAGUGCAGGAUCACUAGACAGCAAUAUGGAAGGGUCCAUCAUUAGCAGCCCCCACAUGCGCCGGAGAGGCCCCUCCAGCCGCGACUGCCCGUCCCGCCACAGCGGCCAGUCCCUGCCCAACUCCUCCUCGCUGCUCGGAUCUCUGUUCGGCACCAGGCGGGUGAAGUCCCCGAGCCCCACCCCACCGUCCCCGCACCCCACCCUCAUCUCCCACACCCCGCACCCCUCCAACCUGCACCACACGGCCCGCUCCGAGACGGACGCGCCGGCCUCCAUGCACCCGCACCACGCCCAGUUCUGCCACGUGGCCCAGAACCCUCCGCCUUACCACCACCACCACCACUACCACCCGCCGGCCCACCUGCAGCACCCGCCGCACCAGUACCACCCGCCCCCGUCGCACGGCAGCCAGCAGCCGCCUUUCCCGCCCCACCCGCCCCACCCGCCUCACCCUCACGCGCAGCACGGCGGCCACGGGAGCCACCAGGCGCACCCUCCCCACCCCGCGCACGGCCCCCACCACCACGGCCCGCCGCCGCCAUCCUCCUCCCAGGUGCAGAGCAGCACCAAGCCCAAGCACAGCGGCAUCAGCACGGUGGUGUGAGGGCCACGCGGGGGCCUCCCCGCGCACUCUGACUGGACUUCUUUCGAAUUCUUUUGGCUGUCACGGCUGACGAGACGGUCGCACUGUGCAUCGCUGGUCUGGGAAUGUAAAAGCCAGACGAGAUCCCGUGCCUCCUCAGCUUUUUUUUUUUUUUUCUUUUUCAUCCGACACGUCUUUUCCAGUUGUCACAAGUCUGUUUGCUGCAGGAGCAACAGGCGGCAACGCAAGAGCAUGCACAACGACCACGACUACUGUUGUUUCUCCUCAGUACUUUAAAGGAACACAAUCAAAUAUCUCGCUUCCUAAUAUUACACAGAAGAAGAAGAAGAAGUGAUUUUAUCCAGUGCGAGGGUUGUUGUCGGCUGAACGGAUCCACAGGCAGGCGGUCAGGCUCGGCAGUAGCUGUACAAGUAUUUAAUGUAGCGGUAGCUCACAGUGCACUGUGAUAUCUCUGUUAGCAGUGAUAAAUGUGCCAAUUAUUCAAGCAUUUAAUAAGUUAGUCACAAAAGAAAAUGUAUAUUGUGCAUAGUAUUUUGUAAAAAAAAAAUAAUAAUAUCAGCUGUUAUCGUUCGAAUUAUUAUUACCAAACAAACGGCAUCAAGUAAAACUCUCAGUAUUAUACUCGCACACAGGUGCCGUACUCUCACUGUUAAGAAGAAACCAAUCGGAGCUUGUAUUAGUCAGGCAGUUGUACGCUGGAAUACUACUGUAAAUGGUUGCCUUUGAGUUAGAACUCAGUUGAAGAUUGUUCAUGGCCGGUGCGCGCCGGCCUGCCCACAGUCUCAUCCACUGCACUUUUCAUCGGUUCUGAUCGGAGUCGUCUCUCCUGCUCUGGAAAAAAAAAAAAAACGAUGCUGCGGCGACACGCUGAGCAAGCAGAUGAAAUUCUGAAUGUCCGCCCUUCAGUAACGGCUGCUCGCCUACACCCUCGCUUUAUUUGAUUUUUUUUUUUUUUUUUAAACUAUUUUUGUAGUCCAACAAACAAUACGAAUAGGAAAUGUUCUACUGCAACCUAGUGGGAAAGCUUCAGACCUGCUCUGCGGGACGAGGAUUUUCGGCGUGGAGGCUGGAGGAGUCGUCGAGGGGGGAAGCAGGGAAAACGGCGACGCGACUGCCCCGACCGGUGGAAGCUCUCAGCUGGCUGAGCGUGCUCUGUCCCUCUUCGGCUUCACCGUGUGUCUCUUCAGCAGCGAGACGACACCGUGACGUUGUCCUCUGAGCCACACGGACGCCGCAGUACAUAAAAAAAACAAAUCACUAAUUAUCAUUCUGCGAUGGCGACGGCACCCGUGCAAAUGGCAGUUUUAUAUCAAUCAUCUUUCUGACAUAUUACGGGGCGGCUGGUUGUUUCUUCUGAGUCAUCCCAUCGCACAGUGUCUGCGGCGUGUGCAGAGAGAGCGGAGGCAGGACGGCCGGAGCGUUUCUUCUGUUCAGAGUGAUAAUAGACACAGCACUUGUUCUACUUAGUUGAUAUCAGUGGCAGACGUCAUGUAUGUACCUGCUUAAAGACUAUCAGAUGCUUUUUUUUUUUUUUUUACUUGUGCAAUAUGUGUUUUUUUUGUUUGUUUUUUUUCUUUUGGUUUUAGAGCAACUACAAUCUGGUAGCUGUUUGUUUGGUUUCACUAUUAUUAGUUUUGUCUCCCCCCUUCGUCAUCCUUUCCUCUGUGUUUCAGUGAAGUGCAGGUAUCCCACGUGGAUUUGGAAGGACUGGACCUUUCACACUAAUAAAGAAUGUAACACAGACAGUGACUGCAUGUAACGGUGUAUGUUGAGGCUCUUUUCAGACUAUUGUGUAUUUCCAAACUAUAUCAGUGUUACAAGUUGACUGUUGUUUAAAAUGAAUGCUAGAAUAGUUCUUCAACUACAGCUAACUGAAGUCAACUACGUGUUUUGUGUCGCUCUGGACGAUAACCAAAUCUGUAUCUUUUUUUUUUUUUUUCUGAUCCACAUGCAGUGCAGUAGUUUACUGGAUCUUAGUGUACAACCGUAGUUCUAACCGGGUCUUAUCACGGCCGCGAGGGGGAGCGUUCUUGCCGGCGUUUAGAGUCGACGCAACGAGAAAGAUGUGCUCGGUCAUUUGAAAAUCAAAGUGGUAACUGAGUGUCCUCUCUUGUCUUCACAUUGUCUCUGUCUCUGUCAGUGGUGCGUACAUAAUACCAAUAGAUCAGUAUUCUUUCCAAAUAAGACACCUUUUAUAGAUGGCUCGUAAGUCGUAACCGAUUCGAUUCAAUUACACUCUGAACUGAUGAGUUUAAUAUCAGUAAUACAUUUCUAACAUAUUUCUGAGUUGCCAUGUGCUGAAAAAGAAAUUGUCUGGUGUUUAUCCUCAGUAUGAAGUCAAUUAUAGUAUAAGAUACUUAGUUCUCAUUGAAGUUUAUAUCCAGUAAUCCAUUGAAUUUGCAUUUAAAACAUUAUCGCUGAAUAGAUUUUGAGUCUUUUUCUCAAGUCUAAGUAUUUAUCCUCCACUAGUAGGAGCAUUAUUUACAUGAGUGGGUCUGUAAUCGCACAAGUUAAACACACACGCAGGUACAAGCACACACAGAGGAUGAUACGGACAUCGACUUGUCCGCUGAUCAACAGAGACACAAAGCACUCGGUUUAAAAGUUUAAAUUGGCGCUUGUUUGUUUAACGCUGCAUGAUUAUUAACUCUGGUUAACUUUCAGACCUUUAACUAAACCGAUUACAGGUCAGUCAGGAUUCAGGAGGAAUACAGGGAGGAGUACAAACACCUGCAAAAAACAAGUGCACAACCUGGCAACCUAAAUAUUGUUAAAACAGCAAAGUCCAUAGUGUCUAUGAUGUGAUAGCUUUUUUGAGUUCUUUUUUUUUUCUCGUGAUUCUCAUGAGAUGAUGGAGGAGCCUAUGUCAUCACAAUAUGUCAGGUAUAUUUAAACAACCUAAAGAACUCAUAAAAGCUACUGUUAAUGAUUCAUAAAGCAUUUAGUUUCCAUUAAUCAGCACCUAACAAUAGAGGGUACGCAUUGACGUCACUGCCACCUGGGGCCACGCCCCCUGAGUGGCAAAAACACAGUAAAAUGUGUCAGUAAAUACAGAGAGACCAGGAAAAAUGUGGAUUAUCAGAUCAAAUUAAGGACAACUGGACUCAAUAAUGAUCCAUACGAGGUAAUAUGGAUUUGGAAAAGUCGACUGGCUUCAGUUUCAGUGAGUUUUACGUCAUUUCAUUGUGAUAAAUGUAACUAAAUAAAUGAUGCUAACGCUAAGAGCUUUACUGAGAAGUAACGUUAGUCAUAUAAUACUGUAGCGUUAAAAGGAUGACGAGGAGUGGUCGCUAAUAUUCCGUUUAUUAUUUUAUUGUUAUUUAUUGUUGGAACUUAAAUAGUUACAGUCGGCACUAACUACACAACAACAACAACAUCCACAAUCUUAUCUGACAGCCCUCCAGAACGCAACUUAAGAAGUAACUUAAGGUUUGACUUCAUCAAAAAAAUAAAAAUAAAAAAAAUAAAUACGGCAUAAAUUAAUAUUAUCUGACACUAAAUGUGAACCUGGAUUCCAGGUGUUUCUUCGUAAUGCGGCGAUCCAUUUACUUACAUCCGUAAAAAAUAUAUCUCCGACUGAUUUUCAAAUCUGUUGGUUCAGUCAAUCGCAAAACAGUUAUUCAUCAUAAUUUUUAUUUUUUACAAUUUAGACGCUAUUAAAGUCUAUGAUUCAAGCUAAUGCUGCUAAUCUCCAUGUUCAACUGUCACGUUUUGUCACUCAGUGGCCGUUACCAUGGAGACUUCGGUAGCUGUGACGUCACGUCCAUACCCUCUAUUGUAACCUCUAUAAGGUUUUUACAGAUUAGAAUCUGUUUAAAUAUGUUUGUCAUGAUUUAAAAUAUAUUUUACUGUACUUAAUGUACUGUAACGUACUGUAGAAUUGAAUAUAUUGAAUUUCUCAAACACAGCCCUUUCACGUCCCAGUGCCAAUAUUUACACCAUCAUUACAUUUUAAACCAGUUUAAUAACACAUGUACUGGCGACCACCACAAUCUUGCAAAUGAUCAAAUAAUUUCUGUCCUCAGUCCAGACUCUGGUUACUAAACAGACUUUAUCCAGUGACAGUGCAGACUGCAGCCAAGGCACAACGUUAGCUUCAUUACGUCUCAUCAGAGAGUUUUAACUCGUUCCCGUUCAUUUAGAAGACUGAUCUAUUGUAAAACGUGUCCAGAUCCCAUGUGAGGUGCUUUGUUGCAUGCCAUUGAUGCCUACUGUCUCUCUUUUUUUCUUCUUCUUCUUCACUUUUUUUUUGUAACUGUACUUUUUGUUCUGUCAAGCCGCACGCUUGAUCCUAAACCUUCAGCGUAGCUUUUGUUUCCUCUGACUGAUGCUUGUUUACAUCUAGAUCAUCUCUGGCCUGUUAGUGUGUCUUUUUCAUUUUGAAACUCGUGUCACUCUACUCCGGCAUGCAUUUCAGCUCUAUUUUCACUGUACAGCAUAAAGACAAAGGCAGUGUACUGCUGAGUGUAAAUAGGGAAAUCUAUUGUAACUUGAUGAAGGAACGACGUUGAAAUAGAGGAAACGCGUUAAGGGCAGGUGGGUGGUUUAAGAAUAAGAAUCAUAUGUAUAUAGCCUGUAAAUUAUUAUUAUUAAUAAUUAUUAUUAUUAUUGUUACUAUUCAAUGUCGACAGUUACAUUGAAGGUGCAUUCCUGCUCCCCUCUGAUCUUUACAUAAUCAUUAAACUGCUUCUCUCUGCCUCCGACAGGACUGAAUUAUCAUAGGAUCUAGAGAUGAACAACUGUUACGCGGUUAAACGCUGCUUCUGACUUUUCCUGUGAUGCUCCCGUUUUUCUCACACUCACAGUCCACUUUUGAAGUCAAAGGGAAGGGAGGAGUGCUCUUAUUUUAUUAUGCAUUCUGUUUCUAAGUAGACAAAACCCUGUUGAUGUAAAACUAGUACUGUGACAAUGUUGAGAACGCAAAAUAAAAUGAUAUACAGUUAAAAAACCCGA